UCAAAUACAAAGAUAUUUAUCAAUUUAUCCAAAUUCAAUAUCACACUCCCAUUUCUUACCUCAAUCCACCACCACCACCGCCACCUCCAUCAUCGAUGUUGCAUUCCCCACCACACCUUCUCUCCUCCUCCUCCACCCUUCUCCUACCUCGCUUCUCCCUCCUUCCAAAUCCCAAUUUUCUCAGAACCUCCAUCAAACCCUAUUCCAUUUCGCAACAAUUCUCCACCAGACAUAUCGUUCCAUUGCUAGCUCAACUCUCCGGCUCACCCAGACCGGAAGACGGACCCGUCGAGCUUCCCUUCUCUCUCCCCUCAUUUAUCUCCACCAACGAUGACCCUUCCACUCUCCAAGUCGCCACCAGCGUUCUCCUCACCGGCGCCAUCUCCGUCUUCCUGUUUCGCUCCCUUCGUCGACGUGCAAAGCGUGCCAAAGAACUGCAAUUUAGGUCUACAGGAGCUAAAAAAACGUUGAAGGAGGAGGCAAUGGAGAGUUUGAAAGCAAUGUCGCCGGUUGAGGCAAAUGCUCCUCCGUCCCCUCUUCAGGCGUUGCUCGGAGGUUUAUCUGCCGGAGUUAUUGCACUUAUUCUUUAUAAAUUCACUACCACCAUUGAAGCUUCUCUGAAUCGACAAACAAUUUCCGAUAACUUUUCGGUCAGACAGAUCACAAUAACGAUAAGGACUAUUAUAAAUGGGAUAUGCUACCUUGCGACAUUCGUUUUUGGCAUCAACUCUGUUGGGUUAAUACUCUACUCGGGCCAGCUUGGCUAUAAUGCGAUAAUGGAAGAUUCUUCGAGCGACAAAAUGCAGAGUUCGGAUGAAACGCAAGUGAAAUCCAAUGAGUCUGAAAUGAACAUGAAUGAUGGAGGUCAAGAUUCAAAUAGCAGGAAACAGUGAUGAUGGAGAUCAGAAAACAGGUUUCAGUUUUUGAAUCCUAUUUGUAGUAUAUGUCUCUAUAUAUAUAUAUGAUAUUUUCAUCACAUAUCAUUCAUUUUGAUAGCAUUGAUGCAAAUCCUUC